AUGCACGAAGCUUAUUGUCAUCGCGAUAUUAACAUUCGAGGCACGUACGAAAAUGGUCCCGUAUUAGUACACACGACUUUUGGAGACCUGCUGAGAUCUCUUGAAGCUCCAAAUGGCUUUUUUUCCCCCGAAAAUUUGGCGAUAAGUCGAGAAGGGUUGGUCGUUGUCAAUUAUGAACGUGGACAUAUUGCAGCUUUCACCAUCAAUGGAAAGCGACUACGAUAUGAAUCUCACAGCGACAAUCUCCAAUGUUUGAUUAUGAGCAAAGAUGGCGAGUACAUGAUGACUGCAGGUGACAAAGGAAUCGUUGAAGUUUGGCGAACUUUCAACCUCGCCCUGUUGUAUGCCUUUCCAUCUUGUGAUAGCAGUGUCAGGUCUUUGGCACUCUCUUUCGAUCAAAGAUUCAAUUUUUGGUUUAAUGGUCAAUUGUUUAUCAUGGUUACGUAA